UUCUCCUGGAAUGGAAAUGGAACCAUUCAACCAGAAUCUCCGAUAUAACGAAACAUUGACUGAUGUCGUUGAGAGGAAAUAAGUUUUCCUUCGUUUGCUAUGCUUCUUUUCAUUUCUCUGUGGAUAUUUGGAUUUCUGGCGAAGUGUGAAUGUGAUGAUACGGGUUACAGUGGAGAACACGUUUUGCUAGGUCCAGCUGUACCGGGACAAACAGGCUUUGGAUUCGUCAUACCCGAAGAUAUUAUCUCAUCUCUUCAUCAUCAGAAGGUCCAUUACCAUAAACCAUCAACUUCGAAUCCCCUACUCGAGGCUCUGCUACUAAGUAAACCGCUGGCAAUUCCUGCGAAAUUUACAGGACACAAUACUCUGCAACAUCAACCCAUAAAUCCGUAUAUAGCUCUCUUACUUUCACACUAUGGAAGAUACGUAGCCGCUCCUGGAGAAGGGAAGGGAAUUUAUAGUUAUGUAGCUUCCAACAAUUACCAUAACAAUAAACCGUUCGGAUCCUAUAAGAUAUAUGAAGAAGGAGACAGUUGAAACUUUUUUUUUAUUUGGGAGUUAUGAUUUUGAUGGGCUUUCAGAGACAAUAUAACUUCUUAUCGAUGGGGUUUCAAGGAUGUGUUAUAUGUGAGAUGAGAAAAAAAGUGAAUUCCGAGAAAACGAAACUUCCUCAGUAACAUAAAUUGAACGGAAAGCGCCAGCAGUAUUCACAUCUUUAUAAAUGACUUUUAUUCUUUUGAUCUUUAUUUUGUUUUGUCUGAUAAUAGUAUUAAUGAAAAACGUUACAAUGUUAAUGAAUAAGACUUUAGGUUAUCUUUAUGAAGCUGCUUUGGCAUGAGUCGUGACCCGCUGAAGAGUGUCACGCUUUCAUGGCACAACUCUUCAGAGGCAUGCAAACAUUAAGUUCAUCUCACGUUUCGAAAUAUUUACAACUCUGAGAGGAUCAAAAACUUUUUUGAUUUUUUUGUAAUAUCUAUACAUAUAUAGUGAAUAGUGUAAGAAGACUGUACCUAUAUUUCACCAAUAAACUAUUUAGGAUA